AGGAAGGUGUUUGGCGGUCCUUCUACCACCUCCGCCGCUGCCUCCUCCGCUUGUGCUGCCGCGGCGGGCGCUCGGGCAUGAGACCGUGAGGCGGGCAGCGGGUCGGGGCCGCCGACAUGUUUGGCCGCUCGCGGAGCUGGGUGGGCGGAGGCCACGGCAAGUCUUCCCGCAACAUCCACUCCUUGGACCACCUCAAGUAUCUGUACCACGUUUUGACCAAAAACACCACAGUCACAGAACAGAACCGGAACCUGCUAGUGGAAACCAUCCGAUCCAUCACCGAGAUCCUGAUUUGGGGAGAUCAGAAUGACAGCUCUGUGUUUGACUUCUUCCUGGAGAAGAACAUGUUUGUUUUCUUCUUGAACAUCCUGCGGCAGAAAUCUGGCCGCUACGUGUGCGUUCAGCUGCUGCAGACCUUGAACAUCCUCUUUGAGAAUAUCAGUCACGAGACCUCGCUCUAUUAUUUGCUCUCAAAUAACUAUGUAAAUUCUAUUAUUGUCCAUAAGUUUGAUUUUUCCGAUGAGGAGAUUAUGGCAUAUUAUAUAUCAUUCCUGAAAACGCUUUCGUUAAAACUCAACAACCACACCGUCCAUUUCUUCUACAACGAGCACACUAAUGACUUUGCCCUGUACACAGAAGCCAUCAAGUUUUUCAACCACCCCGAAAGCAUGGUUAGAAUUGCCGUGAGGACCAUAACCUUGAACGUCUACAAAGUGUCAUUGGAUAACCAGGCCAUGCUGCACUACAUCAGAGAUAAGACUGCGGUCCCUUACUUCUCCAAUCUGGUCUGGUUCAUCGGGAGCCACGUGAUCGAGCUCGACAACUGUGUGCAGACGGACGAGGAGCACCGGAAUCGGGGCAAACUGAGCGACCUGGUGGCUGAGCACCUGGACCACCUGCACUAUCUCAAUGACAUCCUGAUCAUCAACUGCGAGUUCCUCAACGACGUGCUCACAGACCACCUGCUGAACAGGCUCUUCCUGCCCCUCUACGUGUACUCGCUGGAGAACCAGGACAAGGGAGGAGAACGCCCGAAGAUCAGCUUGCCGGUUUCUCUCUAUCUCCUGUCACAGGUCUUCUUAAUUAUACAUCACACGCCCCUGGUGAACUCGCUGGCGGAAGUCAUUCUGAAUGGUGAUCUGUCUGAGAUGUACGCCAAGAGCGAACAGGAUGUUCAGCGAAGCUGUGCCAAGCCCAGCAUCCGGUGCUUCAUUAAACCCACCGAGACGCUGGAGCGGUCCCUUGAGAUGAACAAGCACAAGGGCAAGAGGCGGGUGCAAAAGCGACCCAACUACAAAAACGUUGGGGAGGAAGACGACGAGGAGAAGGGGCCCGCCGAGGACGCCCAGGAAGACGCCGAGAAGGCUAAAGGUACUGAGGGUGGUUCAAAAGGCACCAAGACGAGUGGGGACAGUGAAGAGAUAGAGAUGGUGAUCAUGGAGCGCAGCAAGGUCCCAGAGUUGGCGGCCGGCACCUCCGUUCAGGAACAGAACACCACGGACGAGGAGAAGAGCGCCGCCACGGGCCUGGAGAGCGCACAGUGGAGCAGACCCUUCCUAGACAUGGUGUACCACGCCCUGGACAGCCCGGACGAUGACUACCACGCGCUGUUUGUGCUCUGCCUCCUAUAUGCCAUGUCUCAUAAUAAAGGCAUGGAUCCCGAAAAGCUCGAGCAAACGCAGCUUCCAGUGCCCAGUGCGGCCGACAAGACCACCUACAACCACCUCCUGGCUGAAAGACUCAUCAGGAUCAUGAACAACGCCGCCCAGCCAGAUGGGAAGAUCCGGUUGGCGACGCUGGAGCUAAGCUGCCUGCUCCUGAAGCAGCAAGUCGUGGCCAGCACGGGCUGCAUCAUAAAGGAUGUACACCUGGCCUGCCUGGAGGGCGCCAGAGAAGAAAGCGUUCACCUGGUACGGCAUUUCUAUAAGGGAGAAGAAAUUUUCUUGGACAUGUUUGAAGAUGAGUACAGGAGCAUGACGAUGAAGCCCAUGAACGUGGAGUACCUCAUGAUGGACGCCUCUAUCCUGCUGCCCCCGACGGGCACGCCGCUGACCGGCAUUGACUUUGUGAAGCGGCUGCCGUGUGGCGACGUGGAGAAAACCCGGCGGGCCAUUCGGGUGUUCUUCAUGCUCCGUUCCCUGUCACUGCAGCUGCGAGGGGAGCCCGAGACCCAGUUGCCACUGACGCGGGAAGAGGACCUGAUCAAAACUGAUGACGUCCUAGAUCUGAACAACAGCGACCUGAUCGCGUGCACGGUGAUCACCAAGGACGGCGGAAUGGUCCAGCGAUUCCUGGCUGUGGAUAUUUACCAGAUGAGCUUAGUGGAGCCCGAUGUGUCCAGACUUGGCUGGGGAGUGGUCAAGUUCGCAGGCCUGCUACAGGACAUGCAGGUGACUGGUGUGGAGGAUGACAGCCGUGCCCUGAACAUCACCAUCCACAAGCCUGCGUCCAGUCCCCACUCCAAGCCCUUCCCCAUCCUCCAGGCCACCUUCGUCUUCUCGGACCACAUCCGCUGCAUCAUCGCCAAGCAGCGCCUGGCCAAGGGCCGCAUCCAGGCGAGGCGCAUGAAGAUGCAGAGGAUAGCUGCCCUCCUGGACCUCCCGAUCCGGCCGACGACUGACGUCCUGGGGUUUAGACUUGGCUCCUCUUCCACCCAGCACCUGCCUUUCCGCUUCUACGACCAGUGCCGCCGGGGCAGCAGCGACCCCACCGUGCAGCGCUCUGUGUUCGCGUCAGUGGACAAGGUGCCAGCCCUGGUUCCCGCCUUAGUAGAGAGGCAGUCGAGAUGGCCUUUGCUGAGCUUUCUAGCGCCUCUGCUGGGAGACUGUUGUGGCGCUCUCUGCUUACUGAUGUACAGACGGUUUUCGAGUAUAGUCCUUAAAAUCCAAGAGGAUUUGUCUGUGGAUACAGAGCUGUAGGCUCAGGGGUCCUGCAGGCCCCCAGCUGUUUUUGUUUGUUGGACAUGUCACCUCUUCAAGUGCCACCAGAAAUAAAAGUCUUGAAGCCUUUU